AUGCCGCGUGCGCUUGGUGGGAAGGGGAGGGGGAGGGGCGGGGCUCCGGCGAGGCCCAUCGCGGCGAUCCCCGUCGCCGUCGGCGUCAACCGGCGGAUGGCGCUCGAGAUGCGCAAGGCGGGGCUGAUGAACAAGGCGAAGGAGCUCGCGGAGAUGGCCGACGCGCCCGUCGCGGUGCUCUGCUCGGGCCUCGACGGCCAGGGCGCCCUGCAGUGCUGGCCGUCGACGGAGACCGCGAGGGCGGUGGUGGGUCAGUUCCUCGAGCUCCCGAAGGAGGCCCGGAUCACGUUCGAUCAGGCCAGCUACAUCGCGGGCGUGCGCGACGCGCAGGGGUCCAGGCUGGCCGGGGUGCGGGCGGGCGGCCUCGCCGCCGCGCUCGGGCCGUGGGAGAGCCCGCUCGACGGGAUGUCGGAGGACGCGCUCCGGGAGCUGCUCGCUUCCGUCGGCAAGUCCCUUGAUGCCACGCGGAGCAGGAUCCGGAGGCUGCAGACCCAGCGUCGCGAGAGCGUGGCGGAGAACUUCGUGGUGGCGGGCGAGGGUCACGCGAGCGGCGAGGUGCAGGGGACGCGGAGGCAGCCACGGGGCACCGCCACGGCCCCCGGUGCUGCGCGGAAGAAGCAGCUGGUGGAGGAUCCCAAGGUGAAGCCCGCCGCCGCCGACGGCGCUGCGCGGAGGAAGCAGCUGCUGAAGGAUCCCAAGGAGAAGCCCGCCGCCGCCGAUGGCGCUGCGCGGUGGAAGCAGCUGCUGAAGAAUCACAAGGAGAAGCCCGCCGCCGCCGCCAACGUCCACGCUGCGCGGAGGAAGCAGCUGCUGGAGGGUCCCAAGGAGAAGCCCGUGCGCGCCGCCCCGUUCGACCCCGGGAUGAUCGAGUACUACAUCAACGUGGGCGGGUGCGUGAUGGAGCGCGACGCCUACGACUUAAUCCGGUACGACCUCGGGAUGCUCCCGCCCAGCCUCGAGCCCGAGCCGCCGGAGCCGGACUACGACGAUCCGCCGCGGCUGUGGUCGUGGGACGACUCCUCCUUCCCCCAGAGCGCGCCGCCGCCCAAGUGA